AUGUGUGUUGUAACUGCUUCCACUGGUAGCCUCGCAACCACUCCUUCCCACGACGAAGGGCUGAGAAAAGACAAUAGCAGCAGCAAGAACGCAAGCUCUGACCAUCACGAUGAAGUGGAUAUUGUUGCCAGUUUUGAGAAUGUGGAUUGCAAUGAAGUCUGGAAUUUCUUCAUGAAGACUUCUGUCUUGUCUGAUUUCUUCAACUGGAGAAAGCCGUGGGUUCUUGUGCCUCAGGGAUCUUUCAUGGGAUACUUCGACUGGGUCCCACUCAGAUUCCGUUAUGGACCUUGGCAUCCUGCCUGUAUGGCAUACCUGGGGGUAUUGACCGCAUGGGUCUACAAUGAAUAUACCAAGGGAAUGGCCCAAGAACCAUUCCCUAACUUCCAACCAAUGGAAGCAUACACUCCAUCUUGGUACUACAAUGUGGCUGGCUUUGCCUGGACUUCAUUCAUUAUCUAUCGAAUCUUUUGCUCAGGCAUGGGAUGGACCUCCUGGGGAAUGUACACUGUCUGGUCUUGGACUUUCACGGCUCUGCGCCAUGGUCUCUGUGCUGCUGUACCCUUCAAGCCAGAAUGGACGAAUCUCAGCGAACAACUCAGAUUUCCAACCUUGGUACAAGCCACUUUGACCUUUGCAGUGUGGAAUGCCGCGAUUGGGCCCAGCAUUUAUGCACAAAUGAAAACACCUAGCCAGCAAGCGUCUUUCUGCCGAUUCUUUGGAAACUCCUUGUGGAGACAGUUGCAUGUCUACAACAUUCUAUACGCCGCCAUCAACGGCAUCUGGGGAAGUCCCGCACGGGCACUGACCAAGGCCGACUUUUCAGUAGCACUCGCAAUCUGCCUCUUCUAUUCAUACUUUUAUUUGGUGGCUCUAGACCGUAUGGGGGUUCAUUACUAUUUGGUCUUUUCCCCACGGACGCCUUUUGCAUUGGUGUCCUGGACGAUCCUGUUUGCAUGCCAUUACGCCUGUUUCGCACUGUGGAACACAAUCUUGACCAAAUACGCCGUUUGA